AAGAUAAACAUACAUUAAAAUAAUAAAAGAUUCGGUAAACAGCAUCAGUAUCAUUAAAUUACUGAUAAAUAUAAUAAAAAUUGAUAAAGGAACGACUUCGUAGAAGACUAAAUAUAAGUGGCCCAUAAACAAUUUUUUAUCUCUACUAUACAGAAGCGAACGAUUCGCACGUCAUCGUACGGUGACUACUCUCGGUAUCGUAGUGCAAAUCGCUUCUGCAGUCAUGUACCAAAACAUUACCGUGCACAGUUCUUACACUCCAAACCUCGAGGAUGAACCAGUGGUUGAGGAAAGAACAUUUCCUAAUUUUGACAGCCUGAAGGACUGCAUAUCAACUGGAAUCAAUUUUAAUUAUGUAAAAAUAAUCAACCAAAAUCUACCGGUGUUGCACAAGAACUUUUUAACCGGACUGAAGAUAAAGAAACUAGUGAUAGAAGGAUGCGGUAUUACACACAUCGAAGCAGGCGUCUUUGCUGCAACCGAUACAAAUUUUAUAAAUCUAACAAAGAACAAGUUACAAGGCAUUAGUAAGGGCGUUUUUAACGAUUUGCCGUUGAAAACAUUAUAUUUAGACGGAAAUGAAAUUGAGUAUAUCGAAGAGGGCGCUUUCUUAAACACAAAGUUAAUUAAUUUGUCCUUGAGAAGAAACAAGCUACAAACGGUCAAGACAGGUGUGUUGUCUCCCAUCAAUGGAUAUGUCGAUUUAAGUGAAAAUCAAAUAGCUGACAUAGAAGCAAAUGCUUUUAAUAAUUCAAGUCUGUCUUCCCUAGUUUUGAGCCGCAACAACUUGACAACAAUAAAAAAAUAUUCCUUCUCUAACUUGUGUGUGGGAUAUUUAGAUUUAAGUUACAACAAAAUUACAUACAUAGAAGAAAAUGCACUGGAGCCAAUAGCAAAUAUAUAUGGCGUUAACUUGGAAAGUAAUGAAUUGAAAAAUUAUUACGUUUUUAAUAAUUUUCCAUUGUACAGUAUAAAUCUCAAUAACAAUAAUAUUUCAAAACUAGAACGUGGAUGUUUUAAAAAAGUAUCGCUUCUGUAUCUGUCUGACAACACUAUCGAUGCGAUUGAAGAUUAUACUUUUGAAAAUUUAUCACUGAAACGGUUAGAUUUGUCAAUGAACCAAAUAAGUCAUCUAGGAGCUUAUUCUUUCAAAGGUGUAAAAAACCUGGAGGUGUUGGAGUUGACUGGAAAUAGGAUAAAAUCUAUCGAGAUUGAUACUUUUAAAAAUUUAAACAUAAGACAACUUUACUUGGGAAGAAACCAAAUCAAGAUACUUGAACCUGGUACUUUCACCGAAACCAACGUACUAGAACUUUUUCUAGACAAUAACAACAUUACAGAUAUAAACAAAGGUAUCUUCCAAAGUUCAAAAUUAAAUCUGCUGAUACUUAACAACAACAAUAUAAAAUAUAUCGAACCAGGAUCCUUCGACGAACUAUCUGAAAUAAAGGUAAUUGAUUUAAGUAGAAAUAAAUUGGACGACAUAAAGAAAAGGACGUUUAGCAGCCUACCAUUUGAAAGGCUGAAUUUUCAAGAAAAUGAGAUAGUCCACAUUGAUGAAGGAGCAUUCGAGAACCUUUCAUGUCUAACUGAUUUGAAUCUGGGGAAGAACAAAUUGAAAAAAAUUAACCAAGGUGUGUUUUGUAAUCUAGAAAAAUUGUUCGUGCUUUAUCUAGAAGACAAUAUCGUAGAAAGUAUUGAUCCCCACGCAUUUAAGAAUCUUCCGAAACUUCAAUACCUUUUACUUCAAAACAAUCACUUGGCAAUUGUCACAGAAAAUAUGUUCUGCAAAUUACCUGAAAGUUUAAACUUAAAUCUGGAAUACAAUGGAAAUGUUUCAGUCAGCCCAGGUCUCUACGAAAAGUUUCCAUCGGUGAAGGAAAACUUUUUAAAUGACAAUCCACAAAAUUGAAAUUUCUGUAGUAGAGAAAAUAUUUAUAUUUUGAAUAUAUGUAUAGUAUGCAAUUUGAUAUUGAUUACUGUAUAUAUGUAGUACAGACUAAUUUUUUUUUAUUAUUCUGAAAUUGUACACUGCGUUCUCAGUUUUUUAACUUUUGACUUACA